CCUAUACCAACCCUGCCGCUCGGUCACUAGACAGCAGGCGUUGCAUUGGACCCGGCCCGGUCUUGGUCUGCCUUCGCUUUGUUGUACUGCCUGCGCCACAGAUCCUCUCCAAAGCGAGACUGAACCAUCAUGGCGAAUCCUUUUACCAGGCGCAAAAAGGCCAGGCCGGCCACUUCUGGCCCUCAGGAAACAAAGGAGAGGUCAGCGUUCGUACAGACCCUGAUCCGCAUCAAAGAAUCAGGAUUGGACCCUGAAAAGCUCUUUGCUAAGCGGAGACCUCCACCAUGUCCCAGAUCAGUCUACUUCAAUGAGCCUCUUCCCGCCGACUACUUCGAUAAGAAGGGCAAACCUCUGCCCAGGGUCACCUAUGCGACAAAUCAAGUGCUCACGGCCAAGUAUACGGUCUACAAUUUCAUCUUCAAGAAUCUCUUGGAGCAGUUCCGCAGAGUAGCUAACAUGUUCUUCUUGCUACUCGUCAUCCUCCAAUUCUUUCCUGAGUUCUCCACCAUCAACCCUGUUGUAGCCAUGUUGCCCCUCUUGGCUGUUCUGGCUCUUUCUGCGCUGAAGGACGGGUACGAAGACAUCAAGCGCCAUCAGUCGGAUCGAGCCCUAAACAGGCAAAAGGUCAGGGUCAUGACUGCCUCGGGCUGGGUGAACCCCAACGUCAUGGAGGUCAAAUCCAGCAGCGUUGGCGCUGCGUUCACCGCCUGGAAAGACAGGGUAUUUGGUGGAAAGAAGAAACAAAGCGCCAAGCUUGCCGAGCGUCAGCACGAAAGUUCUCCUCUGCAACAGACUAUUUCUAAUCCUCAGCAGGGGACUGCUGUUGCUCCUGGCUCUGGCACAGCACCUGAUGCGCGCCCACUGGAUGGCGACCUCGCACGCGUUGUAUCGAACAGAUCGCACGCUUCGACCUCAGCUGGAAGGCCCAGUCUCGGUGGAAGAUCCCGGGCAUCUACCAGCGGUGCUAGCAUGUUCGAGGCGGACGGAUAUGAGGUAAAUGAAGAAGGCAGAAUUCUCCAUCACGGGCGUCUCCUUUCGCCGGAUGAAGAAGCCAAGUACAAGUCUAAGGUUGCCCCGCGAUGGAAGAAGAAGAUGUGGGAGGACUUGGCCGUUGGUGACUUCGUCCUGAUCAAGAACAACGAGCCGAUCCCCGCAGACGUCAUCAUCUGCAGCACCUCGGAGGAAGAAGACGCUUGCUUCGUAGAGACCAAGAACUUGGACGGUGAGACGAAUUUGAAGGCUCGUACGGGUGUCCCUGAGCUCGCCCUACAGAUUCGAUCCGCGAGCGAUUGCGCAGACGCUGCAUUCAGGGCAGAUGGUGAACCUCAGGAUACCAAUAUGUACCGUCUCAACGCAAGCGUCACGCUGCAAAAUAAGGUCGAUCAGGAGGGCAACCCUCUCCGCUGCCCUGUCACUCUGAAUCAAGUUCUGCUACGGGGAUGCAUCCUCAGAAAUACCGCUUGGGUCAUCGGUUUCGUCUUCAUGACUGGAGCUGACAGCAAGAUCAUCGCAAACUCCGGCGAUACUCCCAGCAAGCGAUCCAAGGUUGAAAAGCAGAUGAAUCCGAUGGUCUACGUCAAUCUCACAGUGCUUGCUCUCGUGGCCAUUGCCUGCGCCAUUGCAGAUUCGCAAUUGGAAAAGCAUUACUUUGCCCAAAAUGCCUACUGGGAGACCGGAGCCAUCUAUAGCGAUGACAAUCCCCGAAUCAAUGGACUCGUCGCGUUCGGCAAUGCUCUCAUCACUUUCCAGAACAUCGUACCCAUCUCCCUCUACAUAUCUAUCGAGGCUGUGAGGACAGUGCAAGCCUUCUUCAUUUACGACGACUACGAUAUCUGGUACGAAAAGACAAAUAGGCGUACGACUGCUCGCUCCUGGAAUCUGUCCGACGACUUGGGUCAAAUCGAAUACAUCUUUUCUGACAAGACUGGUACAUUGACCCAGAACCUGAUGUUGUUCCAAGAGUGCUCAAUCGGCGGAGUCGUCUACCAUGGCGAUGAACAUCGAAACGGCCCAAACAUCUCCAUGGACGGCAGCAUGACCGAAAAAGAGAAGGCUUUGUCCACUCCGACACCUAGUGAUGAAAACGGCUCUGCGUCAGACAAAGAUUCACGGAAGCGAGUCAAGCGAUCUGAGCAACCCGCUUUCACCGAUUCUCGACUCUCUGCGGCACUCAAGACACCCGACACCCCACACGCCGUGCAGCUGUUCCAAUUCUGGAGAUGCCUGGCUCUAUGUCACACCGCUCUUGCUUCUGAGAAUGAAGAUGGCUUGAUCGAGUUCAAGGCGCAGAGUCCGGACGAGCAGGCCUUAGUGCAAGCUGCUGCUGAGGUCGGAUUCAUCUUCCUUCGUAGAGACCGCUCGACGCUGUCCAUCCAGGUACCUGGGGUUGCUGAGCCCGAGAAGUACGAGCUGCUCAGCGUUCUGGAAUUCACAUCCGCCAGGAAGCGAAUGAGUGUGAUCCUCAGGCGUCACUCCGACUCCAAGAUCCUGGUCUUGGCCAAGGGAGCCGACAGUAUCAUCUUCGAGAGGUCCGCCGCUGGCCAAGAGGAUAUCAAGACCAACAUCGACGAGCACCUCGAAGAGUUUGCCAACAAAGGACUCCGUACCCUGUGCUUGGCAGGUAAGGAAUUGACCGAAGACGUGUACAAUGAAUGGGCUUUCCGCUACCACAACGCGUCCGUCUCCCUCGACCAACGAGAGGAGAAGAUGGAGGCUCUCGCCAGCGAGCUCGAGCUGGACUUCACGCUGUACGGCGCCACUGCCAUCGAAGACAAGCUCCAGGACGGUGUACCUGAGGCUAUCGCGGAUCUCAAGCGUGCUGGUAUCAAAGUCUGGGUAGCUACAGGCGACAAGCUCGAGACUGCAAUUGCCAUUGGCUACAGUACCCGCUUGCUCGUCCAGGAUAUGAACUUGAUUGUCAUUCGAGGUGGAGAGUAUGGCGAGCCCAACUCUGCGUAUCAGCAGUUGAAGAAGGCUACAGAACGAUUCUUCGGCGGCUCUGACGUAGUGGGCCAAAUGGAACACCAGCCUCCGGGUACGCAUCAUGAGAAUUCAAGCAGGUUCAGUCUGUCUCGAAGAAACUCGCAGCAUAGCGCCAGCCGCACCUCGAUUGGAAACGCCUCGCUCGUGGGUGAAGACAAUGGAUCGAGAUCGGGAGGAUACGCCCUGGUCAUCGAUGGGACUGCUCUGAGCCAUGCCCUCACGGAAGACUUCUCGAAGGAUCUACUACUCAAUCUCUCACGCCAGUGCCGUGCUGUUAUCUGCUGCCGAGUCUCACCGCUUCAGAAGGCCCUCAUCGUCAAAUUGAUCAAGGACGGUCUGGGCGUCAUGACCCUGGCCAUCGGAGAUGGUGCCAACGACGUGUCGAUGAUUCAGGCAGCUCACGUCGGUAUCGGUAUUGCUGGUGAAGAGGGUCUGCAGGCCGUCAAUGCUUCCGACUAUGCUAUUGCGCAAUUCAGGUUCCUCAAGAGGCUUCUGCUCGUGCACGGGCACUUCUCGUACUAUAGGAGCGGUGUAAUGAUCAACUACUUCUUCUACAAGCAGAUGAUUAUCGUGUCAAGUCUGUUCUUCUUCCAGAUCUAUGCUGCUUGGAGUACCAUCUACGUCCUCGACUAUGUCUACAUUCUACUCUACAACGUCGUCUGGACCAUUGCAGGGUGCAUCGGCCAGGGCAUCUUCGACCGCCCGCUGCCAGAUCGCAUCCUCAUGGAAGUCCCAGAACUUUACAAGGCAUCUCGUGAAGGCAAGUACUUCGGCUUCAUUGUCUUCACAUGGAACAUGCUGGAAGGCAUUAUUCAGGGUGUCAUUGUCCUGUUCUUUUUCCUCUAUACUUACGAUACCACAUCCGCAAGAGGCGAUGGGUUUAAUCCUGGUAUCUAUGAGUUCUCCACGGGCAUGGUCUUGGCUAUCACUUUCGCCGCCAACAUCUUCUUGGGACUCUUUGUGCACGCCUUCUCCUGGUGGGUAUUUUUGAGUCUGGCAUUCGGACCCAUUGCCCUCUCGUGCUUUGUGCCAAUCUACGACUCCAUCAAGCCGAGCACUACCACUCCUCUCGGCUGGGGAAACAACUACUAUCUCUACAACGCCUUUUACUUCUACACUGGUAUCGUCUUCUGUACCGUCCUCUGUCUCUUACCCAGCUAUCUGUACAGGUGCUGGCGCGAGACGUACUACCCAUCGGAUCUGGACAUCUUCCGACGCCUGGACAAGAGAAACCCAAACCACGACUACGUCAACGAUCCUCGCAUGCCCGGCAAGCAACAAGAGGCCAAGCUGGCUGCCGAGGCAGCUCGCGCUGCUGGUCAUGGUGACAGCAAUGCAGGUCAUGGCGGGGAGGGUCUGGAGGCUCCUCCCACUUCAAUCUUCGCGAUGCACGAGCUACAUCCCACGAGAAGCCGAGCUUCGUCGAGGCAGUACGACAUGCUCACUGGCACAGAAGGUCCGUCAAGAGGGUACAGCUUCUCGCAAGAAGAUUUGUCUGGCGGGCGGAAUCGUAGGAUGCCGACGGAUGCCAAGAAGCGACACAGCACCCUCCGCAGAUUGUUGCCCGGGUCCAUACGGAGAAGCAUGAGGAGAAACAGCAAAGCCAGCAAGUCCAGUCGUCCUGGAUCGGGUCUGACAGAAGACGAGGAGGAGGAGGAGAACGACCCUACAGCUGCUGAUGGCCACACGCGUAUUGCAGAGGUGGCAGGCGAGGAGGAGAUGGUUGGGGAAGAGGAAGAGGACGAAGCUGAGGUGUCUCGUCUGGCCGGUCGGAGGACUGACCCUGGUCCGGAGGAUGAAGAUGAAGAUGAAGAUGAUGAAGGGGUUGCUGCUCCUACAUCACAAGCUGCGCCUGCUCUGAGGAGCCUCUGAGCGAGACAGAGGUCGAUAAUCUCCUUGCCUUUGUGUAUAUUCUACUUUAUCUCUGCAACCUUGCUGGCCGUCUACGAGACUUUGUAUGCAAAUGCAAACUGUAUUCCCGCUU